UCACCCGGACCAUAAAAAGGGGUGUACAGAGAGCACGGCGGAAGUCUCGAGAAUCUUUAACAACAACGGCUUUUUUGUAGUUUUGCGACCUUGUUUGUCUGACGUUUGUGUCUUACCAGUAAUCAGCAAUACAUUCACUAACUUCGUUAGUUACAUACACGUAAAGGUGAGAAAAGCUGCUCGUUUUUUUACUUUUCUCUUUAUUGUGACCUGGGCACAAUUGUAAUGUCGUCCCCAAUGGAAAUGACCGAGCUGUAUGACAACGCUCUGCUUGGCAUACUACAGCACGUUGGAAACAUCCAGAAUUUUCUUCAGGUUUAUUUCGGUUUUCUGUACCGAAAAACCGACUUCUAUCGCCUGCUUUCCGGCCCCAACGACCGCAUGGGUUUCCCCCCUGGAGUAGCGGAGAAGAUGGUUCUUAAGACAUUCAGGAUGUUUGAGCGUAUAGCAGCACAGGAUAGAGAGAGACUCACACAGGAGAAGGAGAUGAGGACGGCGCCCCCUGCAGUGCAGGAGGUGGUGGUACAGUCUGAGCAGCAGGAAGCAGGUGCACUGGGACAAGAAGAUUUGGCGCCAGUGGUGGAGUCUGCGAGCACAGCAGUGGAGUCUGCGAGCACAGCAGUGGAGUCUGCGAGCCCCGCAGUGGAGUCUGCGAGCCCCGCAGUGGAGAAGGCCCCACCUUCUGAGCCAAAGCCAGCUUGCAGUGAGGCUGCCCAGCCUCCAGAAGCUGGUCAGGUGGAGGGGGGCUCAGAUACCGCUGAUGCAGCGUCAGGGCAGACACAGUUCCAGGCAAACCCAGACAGUUAUAAUGGAGCUAUCAGGGACAACUACAGCUGGUCUCAGGAUUACUCGGAUGUGGAAGUGCGUGUGCGUGUGCCCGCCAGCAUCGCCAGGGGCAAACAGGUGUCGGUGAGUCUGCAGGCGAGCAGCAUCCGCCUGGCUGUGCGGGAGGGGCCCACAGAGCGAGUGCUUAUGGAGGGAGAGCUCAUGCAUAAGAUCAACACAGAGAACUCCCUCUGGAGCUUGGAGCCGGGGAGCUGCGUGCUGCUGUCCCUCAGCAAGAGCGGUGAGGUGUGGUGGAGUGCCGUGCUGAAGGGCGAGGCGGAGAUCGACGUCAACCAGAUCAACCGGGAGCGCUCCAUGGCCACGGUGGACGAGGAGGAGCACGCCGUGCUGGAUCGCCUCACCUUCGACUACCACCAGAAGCUACAGGGCAAGCCGCAGAGCCAUGAGAUGAAGGUGCAUGACAUGCUGAAGAAGGGCUGGGAUGCAGAGGGAUCCCCCUUCAAAGGGCAGACGUUUGACCCGACCAUGUUUGACAUCCCACCCAGUGCUGUGCAGUUCUGAGUUUCACCAGGAGAGGGUGCCACAGACAAACUGCCUUCAGCCUCACAGGGAGAGGACGCUUGGACGCACACACUUACACACAUGGCCUGUGGUUUCCGCCCAUGUGCCCUAAGUAUGAGAGGCCUGCGUUCAAACCACAGUCUCCUGCCAAAGCUUCCAAAAGCAGAAAUGGACUGAAUUGUUCAGCAUUCAUCUCUUAGUGGUUCGUUGCUUUCUUUGGCAGUGCGGUCAGAGUUCUCUAUUGGUCAGAAGUCUGCUUGUGCACCACUUCGUUCCUGAAAUUUUCUAGAAAAACUUUCAUGGGGUAAAUAAAAUGUCAGGUGCUGUAUAUCUGCUGUUAAUUUGUAUAUUUGUUGACUUGAUGGGAUUCUCCUCAGGGCGUUCUUCCCCACAACAGUGUGUUCAGAAUUAAUCGGUUGUCUUUCUUCUGUCCUGCCAUCAUUCAUCUUCAGUUUAAGCACUUCAAAACUUGGUUCCCAUAUCUUAUUAACUCCUUUGAUUAUUUUGUGUAACUAUAAAUAAAUAAAUAAAAAGUGUGAUACGUUUCUUGCA